GAAGAGGAAGAGAGCGCGCUGGCGGAGGGAUCGGCGGCUGCCCGGUGCGGAGGGAUCCGCGGGCUGCAGCCGAUCGGCGGGCGGCGAGGAGGGGGCGGUGCUGCGGCUCGGGGCCGGCUGAGGCGAGAAUCCCGGUAGCCAGGCAGCCUCCCUCCUUUCUUCCCUGCCUGCCUCCCGCCUCCCCGGCACGCAGAGGGGAGAGGCACCGAUAGCAGGGCUGAGAUCCGCGUAGAUGGGCGGCCAAACCCGUUGUUUUUUCGAAAGAGGAAGAUAAAGCUCAGCUGCCAGGCAUCGACUUUUCUGUUGGUGUUGCGUCGCUUUGUGAAAAUGGGGCUCGGUUACUCCAGCUAAAUCCUCCCGGCGCCUUAGAGUUGGUACAGCGAAGGACUUCUCGUUUUCUGCGGCAGUGGAGCUACGUUGAUGUUAGCCUCUCUGCUGUAAAAUGGAGAACGAAAUAUUCACACCCCUUCUGGAGCAGUUCAUGUCUAGCCCCCUUGUCACCUGGGUUAAGACAUUUGGACCGUUAGCUGGAAGAAACGGGACCAACCUGGAGGAAUAUGUGGCGCUAGUGGAUGGCGUGUUCCUGAGCGAAGUCAUGCUGCAAAUCAAUCCAAAAUCUGCUAAUCAGAGGAUAAACAAAAAAGUCAACAAUGAUACAUCACUAAGGAUUCAGAAUUUGUCUAUUUUGGUGAAGCAAAUAAAAACUUACUAUCAGGAGACUUUGCAGCAGUUGAUCAUGAUGUCUUUGCCAAACGUGUUAAUAAUUGGCAGAAAUCCCUUUUCUGAGCCAGGUACUGAAGAAAUAAAAAAACUACUCCUGCUGCUACUUGGGUGUGCAGUUCAGUGUCAGAAAAAGGAAGAAUUCAUUGAAAGUAUCCAGUGUCUGGAUUUUGACACGAGAGCAGCAGUUGCAGCCCACAUUCAAGAGGUAACUCAUAAUCAAGAAAAUGUGUUUGAUCUGCAGUGGAUGGAGCUCAUUGUAUUGACACAAGAAUAUGUUGAACCUCUCUUGAAAAACAUGGCAUUACAUUUGAAAAGAGUUAUAGAUGAAAGAGAUAAGCACUCAGAGACUAUCAUAGAACUCUCAGAAGAACGGGACUCUCUCCGUUUUCUACCUCAUGCAUCAGCAGCACAGUCACCUUGUGGAUCUCCUGGCAUGAAACGCACCGAAAGCAGGCAGCACCUGUCAGUAGAGCUAGCAGAUGCCAAAGCAAAGAUAAGAAGGCUUAGACAAGAGCUUGAGGAAAAGACUGAGCAGUUGCUUGACUGUAAACAAGAACUUGAACAGAUGGAAGCUGAACUAAAGAGACUUCAGCAGGAGAACAUGAAUUUACUCUCAGAAGCCCGUUCUGCCAGAGUGUAUAGAGAUGAAUUAGAUGCUCUUCGUGAGAAGGCAAUUCGAGUCGACAAGCUUGAAAGCGAAGUCAGCCGGUAUAAAGAGAGGCUGCGUGACAUUGAAUUCUACAAAGCUAGAGUGGAGGAGCUAAAGGAAGACAAUCAAGUGUUGCUAGAAACAAAGACAAUGUUGGAAGAUCAGCUGGAGGGGACACGAGCCCGUUCAGAUAAAUUACAUGAGUUAGAAAAAGAGAAUCUACAAUUAAAAGCUAAAUUACAUGAUAUGGAGAUGGAGCGUGAUAUGGACAGAAAGAAGAUUGAGGAACUCAUGGAGGAAAAUAUGACUCUAGAAAUGGCUCAGAAACAAAGUAUGGAUGAAUCGUUGCAUCUCGGCUGGGAACUUGAACAGAUAAAUAGGACUACUGAACUUUCUGAAGUGCCACAGAAAUCACUUGGUCAUGAAGUAAAUGAGCUGACAUCAAGCAGAUUACUGAAGUUGGAAAUGGAAAACCAAAGUUUGCUGAAGACAGUGGAAGAAUUACAAAAUGCAGUGGGUUCUGUAGAAGACAGUAGUUCAAGGAUUCUAAAAAUGGAGAAGGAAAACCAAAGACUUAACAAAAAGCUUGAAGGGCUAGAGAAUGAAAUUAGCCAAGAGAAACAAAGUCUGCAGAACAGUCAAAAUUUGAGUAAAGAUUUGAUGAAGGAAAAAACACAGCUUGAAAAGACACUUGAGGCACUUCGAGAAAACUCAGAGCGACAAAUUAAGCUAUUAGAACAAGAAAAUGAACAUUUGAAUCAAACUGUAGCUUCUCUAAGACAACGCUCACAAAUCAGUGCUGAAGCAAGAAUGAAGGAAAUUGAAAAAGAAAAUAAAAUUCUUCAUGAGUCUAUUAAAGAAACCAGUAGUAAGUUAAAUAAGAUUGAAUUUGAGAAAAAACAAGUGAGAAAAGAACUGGAACAUUAUAAAGAGAAAGGGGAGAGAGCAGAAGAACUCGAGAAUGAGCUGCAUCGUCUGGAGAAGGAAAAUGAAUUAUUACAGAAAAAAAUUACUAAUUUAAAAAUUACUUGUGAGAAGAUAGAGGCCUUAGAACAAGAAAACUCAGACCUGGAGACGGAAAACAGAAAGCUGAAAAAGACUUUGGAUAGCCUAAAAAAUCUCUCUUUUCAAUUAGAAUCCUUGGAAAAGGAAAAUUCACAACUUGAUGAAGAAAACUUAGAAUUAAGAAGAACAAUUGAAUCUUUGAAGUGUACAAGCAUUAAAGUGGCACAACUACAAUUAGAAAAUAAGGAACUGGAGAGUGAAAAGGAACAACUUAAAAAAAGCCUUGAACUCAUGAAAGCCUCAUUUAAGAAAAGUGAACGCUUAGAAGUCAGCUACCAAGGUCUAGACACAGAAAACCAAAGGUUACAGAAAGCCCUUGAAAACAGCAAUAAGAAAAUUCAGCAACUAGAAAGUGAAUUACAGGAUUUAGAGUCUGAAAAUCAGACUCUGCAGAAAAACUUAGAAGAGUUGAAAAUCUCUAGUAAGCGCCUAGAGCAAUUGGAAAAGGAGAAUAAAUUGUUAGAACAAGAGACUUCUCAACUGGAAAAAGAUAAGAAACAGUUAGAAAAAGAAAAUAAAAGACUUCGACAACAAGCAGAAAUUAAAGAUAGUACUUUAGAAGAAAACAAUGUAAAAAUAAGCAAUCUGGAAAAGGAAAAUAAAUCUCUACUUAAAGAAAUAGUUGUAUAUAAGGAGUCAUGCAUUCGCCUGAAAGAACUAGAAAAGGAAAAUAAAGAACUUGUGAAAAGAGCUACUAUUGAUAAGAAAACCCUUGUCACUUUACGAGAGGACUUGGUGAGUGAAAAAUUGAAGACCCAGCAAAUGAACAAUGAUCUAGAAAAGCUUGCCCAUGAACUUGAAAAAAUAGGCCUAAACAAGGAGCGUCUCUUGCAUGAUGAACAGACUACUGAUGACAGUAGGUACAAGCUUCUGGAGUCAAAAUUAGAAUCUACACUUAAGAAGUCUCUUGAAAUAAAAGAAGAAAAAAUUGCUGCUCUGGAGGCUCGUUUAGAAGAAUCAACAAAUUUAAACCAGCAACUCCGUCAAGAGCUUAAAACAGUGAAAAAGAACUACGAAGCCCUCAAACAAAGACAAGAAGAGGAAAGGAUGGUUCAGAAUUCUCCUCCAAGAAGUGGAGAAGAAAACCAGUCUGUCAAUAAGUGGGAGAAAGAAAACCAGGAAACAACUAGGGAACUACUGAAAGUUAAAGAUAGAUUAAUUGAAGUGGAAAGGAAUAAUGCUACACUGCAGGCAGAGAAACAAGCACUGAAAACGCAAUUAAAGCAGCUUGAAACACAGAAUAGUAAUCUGCAGGCUCAGAUUCUUGCACUUCAGAGACAGACUGUUUCUCUACAAGAACAAAAUACAACUCUACAAACUCAAAAUGCCAAGCUUCAGGUUGAAAAUUCCACCCUUAAUUCACAAAGUACAUCUCUUAUGAAUCAGAAUGCUCAACUGUUGAUCCAACAGUCUGCUCUAGAAAAUGAAAAUGAAUGUGUGCUCAAGGAUCGUGAGGACCUGAAAUCCUUGUACGAUUCACUUCUAAAAGAUCAUGAAAAACUGGAACACCUACAUGAACGCCAAGCUUCUGAGUAUGAAUCGCUGAUUGCUAAACAUGGAAGUCUUAAAUCUGCACACAAAAAUCUGGAGAUGGAGCAUAAGGACUUAGAAGAUAGGUACAAUCAGUUGCUGAAACAGAAAGUGCAGUUGGAAGAGUUGGAGAAAGUGCUCAAGACAGAACAGGAGAAAAUGCUUCAGCAAAAUGAAAAACACGAAACUGUGGCAGUAGAAUAUAAGAAACUUCGUGAUGAAAAUGAUAGGCUUGCUCAUGCAUACAGUCAACUCUUGAGAGAGAAUGAAGUUCUGCAAACUGAUCAUAAGAAUCUGAAAACGUUAUUGAACAAUUCCAAGCUAGAACAGACGCGAUUAGAAGCCGAGUUUUCUAAACUUAGAGAACAAUACCAACAACUGGAUAUUACAUCUACCAAAUUAAAUAAUCAAUGUGAGCUGCUUAGCCAGCUUAAAGGAAAUCUGGAGGAGGAAAACAGACAUCUACUAGAUCAAAUUCAGACAUUAAUGCUACAAAAUAGAACAUUACUUGAGCAGAAUAUGGAAAGCAAGGAUCUCUUCCAUGUAGAGCAAAGGCAGUACAUUGACAAGCUAAAUGAAUUAAGGCGACAGAAGGAGAAAUUGGAAGAGAAGAUAAUGGAUCAGUAUAAAUUUUAUGAGCCAUCUCCACCAAGAAGAAGGGGUAACUGGAUUGCUCUGAAGAUGAAGAAGCUGAUAAAAUCCAAGAAGGAUGCUAAUCGAGAACGUUUGAAAUCUGUGACCCAUACGCCUACCCGUUCAGAAUCCAGUGAAGGAUUUCUUCAGCUGCCCCACCAGGACAGUCAAGAUAGUUCCUCAGUGGGCUCAAAUUCUCUUGAAGAUGGCCAGACCCUGGGAACCAAAAAGAGUAGUAUGGUUGCACUGAAAAGACUGCCCUUUUUGAGGAACAGACCGAAGGAAAAAGACAAAAUGAAGGCCUUCUACCGUCGCUCCAUGUCCAUGAAUGACCUGGUGCAGUCCAUGGUCCUAGCAGGAGGACAAUGGACAGGUAGUUCUGAGCAUCUGGAGGGUCCUGAUGAUAUAUCUGCGGGUAAAAGGAGAAAAGAAUUGGGAGCUAUGGCCUUCUCUACUACAGCUAUCAACUUUGCAGCUGUCAACUCUUCUACAGGCUUCAGAUCCAAGCAGUUGCUAAAUAAUAAAGAUACUACAUCCUUUGAAGAUGUAAGUCCACAAGGUAUUAGUGAUGAUUCUAGUACAGGAUCAAGAGUUCAUGGAGUACAGGACAUUAACUGUGCAGAUGCUCUUGCUCCUCCUGUUCGUGGCAUUUCAACAAUGUGCAAGGUUCCUUGUCAAAUCUGUUUGCCCUUUUCUAAAGUGUCCUCUUGGACUGCCUGGAAAUCCCUUCGCUUUCUGACCUCUUCCAGACCAGCCAGCCUUGAUAGUGGCAGAACAUCCACUAGCAAUAGCAAUAACAAUGCUUCACUCCAUGAAGUCAAAGCAGGUGUGGUUAACAAUCAAAGCAGGCCGCAAAGUCACAGCAGUGGAGAGUUUAGUCUGCUACAUGAACACGAGGCUUGGUCUAGCAGCAGCAGCAGUCCUAUUCAGUAUUUGAAAGGUCAUACAAGGUCCAGUCCUGUGCUCCAGCAAAGAACACCCGAAACACUGGAUAGUCGUGGAAAACAGAUCAAAAACGGUUCUCCUGGAAGUGAAGUUGUUACCCUGCAGCAGUUUUUAGAAGAAAGCAACAAAAGUACCUCAAGUGAGAUGAAAUCUGCAAGUGAAGAGAAUCUUUUAGAUGAAGUAAUGAAAAGUUUAUCUGAGUCUGCUGAGCUGACAGGAAAGGAAAAGCUAAGAAAACAGGCAUCUGCUGGUUGUGGUAUUGUGAGGUCAUUAAGUGUAAAAAACACAGUUGAUUUCUCAGAUGGACGAUCCAUUAAACCAGAACAACUUGUAAGGCCCAGCUUACGUAAAACUGAAGAUGCCUACUUUACUAGCUCUCCAAUAAAAUUUACAUCAGGCACUCAAGGGAAGACCAAAUCAGUUAAAGAAAAGAUGCAAGCAACUGUAUCACAGCGACAAUCAAGAGAUUGCAAUCCUUAUGCUACUUUACCUCGUGCAAGCAGCGUAAUUUCUACCGCAGAAGGAACUACUCGAAGGACAAGCAUUCAUGAUUUUUUGUCUAAGGAUAUUAGGCAACCUGUUUCAGUUGAUCCUGCGCCAUCCACCGCUGACAGAAGCAUUCCAGCAACAUCUAGUGAGUACUCAGCACACCAGUUAUCCCCUAAUGUUUUGCACUGUGUGGCUUACAGAGUAGAUUGUGUUCCACAAAGUGAUGCAACUAAUACAGUUAAACCACGUAAUUUAGGAUGUAACUUUGAUGUGCCUAAGACUUCAAGGAUGGAAAGGUCAAGUUUUCAUGAGAAAACUUUAAGCACAAAUGUGUUUAAUGAUAAAGUCAGUGUAUCUGGCAAUGAUAGCAUGAGGUCAUUUACUGUGGCUCAUCCAUUUUUAUCCCUUAACACUGAAUUAGUUAGUAAUAUAAGUGGAUUGCCUCCAAGGUCUGCAUCAAAAACUGAUCAGGCGAACCUGUCAACAUUUAGAUCUGUAAUGAAAAGUCAAGAACAGCCUUCAGCUAAUCAGAAGUCUGAUCAUAGUGACCUACGGUCAGCUCUUACUAGUGAAUUUGCUCCUACCACCUGUGUAAACACUAGUGAGGCUGAACCCCCGUUGCUGGUUUCUGAAGAUAAUAAAACGCUGUGGUAUGAGUAUGGUUGUGUAUGAAAAGAAAACUGUAUUUUAAAAUACAUAAUCAUAUAUGGCAUGUAGGAUUUCUUUUCAAUGUCCACUGGAUUCAUAGAAAAUUUCACUGCAAUGAAAAAGUGAUUUGCUUUUAGAUCUAUGGGUUGGUGUUUUUCGUGAGAACAAUGACACAGAGUUCAGCUGUGUACUCUAGCAUGUAUUCGAAUGUAAAAUUGUAAUUUCACCAAAGUUUGCAUGAAACGUUAAUUGCACUGUGUAUAUUUUGCAUGCAUUUAAAAUCCUUUAUAAUACAAGCUAUAUUUAAUUUGUCAUCCAUUACAAAUAUUUUUUUUUUUUUUUUUUUUUCUUCUGUACGUAACUGAAUGCAUGUUAAACCAGUUGCAUGCUGCAUUGCUAAAAGCGGCGCAGUGAAUUACGUAAUUUUUGGUCCAAGACAGUACUUUUAAGUUGUGUUCGUGCUUUCAGAUGUAUCAGUAAUAUGUUGAUCAUGUAUUUGGAGUAGAAACACAUUUUUUUCCUCCUUUCAAAAAUGCUUCUUUUCAUUAGCAUUUCAUUUAGAGAGAUUUCAGUAUCUCACUCCUAACAUUUCUGCCACAUCCAGUGUGUCACUCCGCAUGUGGAACAAGUUAUAGCCCAAUAAUUCAGUGAUUUACCUUGCACAACAGAUAUGCAUCCUUGUUCAGAUUAACAUUCAAAUAUUUUGAUAAGUAACUACAAUUAACAUUCAUAAUCCUAAACAUAAAUGAUAAUUCUUAAGAGGUAAACAGCGUGCAGCACUUGCGAUGAAAAAAUGACCCUUUCCACCGUUUCCCUUUCAUAUGCAUUGUUUUUUCCACGUCUGGUGUACAAAUGUGGGGAGGUAUGCUGUUCAGUAGGAGUCAAGUAACACAGUUAUCUGAGACUCCGGGUGAUGUAUGGUAAUAAAAACUUGUACUGAUUAUGGAGGAAAUUCAUUUUUGCUUCUUACUAUAAGUAAUACUCACGUAAUAGAAAACAAGGUGCAACAAUAACAAAAACUGUUAAAUAUUAGUGCUGCAGAAUUUAAGAAGUAAUUUAAAAUUUGCUUACCAAAUUACAGGAAUAUAAGAAUGCUUAAGUAAAUAACUCAUUACUGUUUAGCUGGUCAUCUGGAAUUUAAUGUUGAAAAGUAAUUACUUAAUAAGCCGCUAUUUCAAGUAAUUGCUUGGAACUUUGCAAUGAUAAAUAUAAACAACAAAUUAAAAUUGUGCCAUACUCAAGCUAUAAUUCCAUGAGGUUUUAGACAUUGGCGCUUUUUUUUAGAGGAAAUAGUUACUGACAGUUGCAGCUCAAAAUUACAUGGGCUAU